AUGUCUGAAACCACUGGCACAUGUUAUAAAUCAUGUUGUAUUUCAAAACGAUUAGAUGGCAAGUUAGCCAUUGUUACUGGAUCGAACACUGGUAUUGGGUUAGUGACAGCUGGUGAAUUAGCUCGUCGUGGUGCUCGAGUCAUCAUGGCAUGUCGAAAUAUAGGUAAAGCUGAAGAUGCCAAAAAUAGUUUAUUGGAGAAAUAUGGUGCCGAUAAUCCACAGAGUGUGAACAUUGAUGUAGCGUGUAAACAAGUGAUCUCAUCGUUGAGUCCUAUCUACAGUGAUCAAUUAAUCAUUGAACAACUUGAUUUGGCUUCUCUACAAUCAAUCAGAGAAUUUGCUCGACGUAUUAUAGUCACAUAUCCAGAACUUCAUUUUCUUAUUAACAAUGCUGGUCUUACAGUUAGUAAAUAUGAGAAAACUGUUGACGGUUUUGAAAUGACAAUGGGUGUUAAUCAUUUUGGAACAUUCCUACUAACGGAAUUGUUAUUACCUUUGAUAAAACGUUCAACUCCAUCUAAAAUCAUUAAUCUUUCAUCAAUGGCGCAUUAUAAAGGUCAUUUAAUUAAACCAGAUUUACAGUUAAAAGAGAAUGAAUAUAGUCAGUUGAAAGCAUAUUGUGAUUCAAAGUUAGCCAAUGCAAUGCAUGCUGCUGAAUUAGGUGAUAGACUUCAGGACAGUGGAAUAACUGUUGUUAGUGUACACCCUGGUGCUGUAAAGACUGAUCUCGACCGAGAUAUAAAAAGUGGUGUAAUGAAAUGUUUCGUUCGAGUUUUAAAACCAUUCUUUAUCAGUCCAUGGAAAGGAGCACAAACUACAUUGUACACAGUGUUGUCAGACAAUUUAAUCCCUGGUGGUUACUAUUCAAAUUGUGCAUUGAAAGAACCGUCAACAAUUGUCAAGAAUAAAGAUGAAAGAAAAUGGUUUUGGAACAAGACAUGUGAACUAUUAAGAAUCGAAAAUACAACAUAG